AACUCUGAACUCUGUCUGCAGGUGUGUGUUCACAGAGGUACACCCAGAGAGACCGAAACAUCCCUCAGGACCCCCGCUUCCAGCACCUCGCCACGGCAACGAGCAUCACCACGGCAACCAAACCUCGCCGGAAGAGCUCCACCCCGUCUCCAGAGCCAAGCAUUCCUCCUUCCCCCCUCCAGUGCCUGUCCCCUGAGCCCAGCCCUCCUCACUCCCCCUCCCAAUGCCCAUCACCUGACCCCAGCCCUCCCCAGUCACCCUCCCAAUGCCCGUCUCCAGAGCCCAGCCCCCCCCAGUCACCCUCCCAAUGCCCGUCUCCAGAGCCCAGCCCUUCCCCUUCACCCUCCCUAUGCCCGGACCUUCAGCUUGGCCGUUACCACUCCCUCUCCUGGUCCCAGUACACGGAGCCUAAUGAGCUCAGCACGUUUAAGGAGGACCACAGUGGUGCUAACGAGGAGCAGUUAGCCGCCACGGCCUCCAGGGAGUUUGCAGGGGUGUAUAAGGACAGAGAAGAGAAACCUCAGGGGAAAGAAAAGAAGAAUGAAGAGCCAUCCAUGUCUGCAUUGUUCCAGCCAUCUAUCCGUCCAGCUCCAGAGAGGACGACGAACCUGUCACCACAACCAGCUGAGCGGGAGAAGGAAGAUGCAAAGGGGAGGGCGAAGGAGGUACAGGCUAAAGUUUUAGAGGAGGAAAAAGAAUCUCAGCCAGUUGAGAAAGUGCAAGAAGAAGAAGAGGUCAGCGAGGGUAAGAAAGACGAGGAGGAGGAGGAGGUGGUGGAAAUGAUACAUGUGGUAGCUAGUGAUAAUGAGCAAAAGGGAGAAGCGAUGGAACUCGUAGGCAGCUCUUUGUUUCCUCCUUCUGUCUCCUUACCUCCUUCUCAUCUUGACAACAUUGUGGACAAACAUUUGGGUGACUUCUCCUCUGAGAUACAGCUCCUCCUGCAGGAGCAGAGCAUUAAUUACAGCUUCCCCCAGUCCCCACACUCUAUUUCAAACACACAAGCCCCCGCACCUCAACACACACCCCCACACACCCUCAUAUCUCAGUUUUCACAGUAUGUGUCUUUCUACAACCCCUGCCCCCCUGUCCAGGACUACGUUAGCUCACUACAGGACAGCAUUGAGGGCAUUCUGACCGAGUUUGAUGAGAGCUGGCCGAGCCACAAAGCCGGCACCAGCCGGACCGUUGUUGAUGACGCGCUGGCUAGCAGAGUUAGUGAUUUUGUGUCUAGCAUCCGAGCAGCUAAUGCUAAAACCGGCAGAGAUGAUGAUGGUCUCUGUGGUGAAGUGACAGCUGCUGACGUCGGUGAUUCAGUCAGUCAAAGUCCUGCUCUCUCCAGAGGAGGUGAGGUGUGGCAGCCACAUACACUCACCAUACAGGUCCCUAAUGCUCCAAACAACAGGAACCCCUCGAUGUCUCAUGUCACUUUAUCUACCUCUGCGUCUGGUUCCAUCUACAAGCCUACUGAUGCCACUGUCCUCAUUCCUCCUAUUAACAAGUCCCCACAGUCCCACUGGAACCCACAGCAAAGUCACACUUUGGAGAUCACUAGAACGGUCACUCAUAACGUCAGACAAACGCAAGACAACAGCGCUGCCAGGACUGUGCAUUGUACCACUGGUGGAGAAGGUAGGAGUAGUCUUGCAGGUACAAACUCUGAGGUGACCUUGCCAGGGUUCAGCGGUGUCUCUAAGCCCUUGACAGAAGCGUCUCGCCCCUCUGAGCCGCUCUCCAGUCCGCCCUGUGCAUCCGUCCCCGGUCCCGGGACAGGCCCAGCUCCCCCGGCCAUGGCCCUGAGCUCCCUCAUCAGCCAGCUGCAGCCAGAAGUGUUCACCAGCCUGGUGGAGAUCAUCAAAGACGUCAAGAGAAACUCCUUGCAGUUCUACCUCCACAGCCCCGAGCCAGGGGACCAGGUUCACGAGGAGGUCAAGGAAUACCUGUUGAAGCAGGGUAACAUGGAGCAGAGUCCUGUGACCUUUCUGAGCCAAGAAACUUCUGACGACAGACUGCUGGUCAUCAUCAAGAACAAAGACAUAGCUGGACACGUACACAAGAUCCCAGGUCUGGUGUCCCUGAAGAGACAUGCCUCUGUGGUGUUUGUGGGAAUCGAUACGCUGGACGACAUCAGGAACAACAGCUACAACGAGCUUUUUGUUUCUGGAGGCUGCAUCGUUUCGGACGAGUUGGUCCUCAACCCAGACUUCAUCACUCACGAUCGACUGGCUGCGCUGCUGCUGAUCCUGGAGCAGCACAGUUCUCCAGAGAGCGUCUGGAGGUGGAAGGUUCACUGCAAAACCCACAAGAAACUAAAAGAACAAGCCAGGUUCAGAAGAGAUGCAGCCAACCUACUGAACGUACUGUCAGCCUAUCACAAGCGGCAGAUUGUUGAGUUCCUCCCAUAUCAUCAGUGCGACAUGAUGAACCAUCAGUCCCCUGACCUGGACUGUCUUAUGGAGCUCCAGGCCCGAUACACACAGUACCGACACACCGUCUUCCUGACUGAGCAUCAUUUUGAUAAGUUCGCUGCCUACGCUAGUAGCGGCAUCAUCAUGGCCAAUAUCGAAGAGUUUCUGCACGACUUCACCAGACUGGUCGGUUACCACGAGAUGAAGGACAGGCAGCCAAUCAUAGAUGACAUGCUGGCUCCCAAAGGGCUCGGGAGGCAGCCGAGUCAUAGUGACGCUGAGUCAGGCUCUGAACGCUCUCCCUCUAUCUUCCCAGAACACAUCCAUCCCCUCUGCUCCAGUGAUCAACCCCAGCAUCUCCUCCAGCAGUCCGGCUCCAUCGUCCCCGCUCCCUCCUCCAGUCUGUGUGACCAGCUCGUCCCGGACGCUUCCUGUAAGGAAGGUGCGCCGCACCAUUCAGACACAGACUUUGAGGUUCUUCGACUGGCCAUCUCACAUUUACGGGCCGAGCGUCAGGCGCAGCUCCAGCAGCAGUUGGACUCUGAGGCAGAGUUGAGCAUCAACUCCCUCAGAAGCUCCCCUCCCUAUCUCAUUGGUACAGGUAGCGGUCACACCACGCCUCUUUUAGCUCAAGGAGGUCCCACCGAGUCUGUUAACGUCACUCAUGACAGGAAAGCAGUGGCAGCCACUCUGGAGUUAAUUCACUCAGCAUUACAGCAGGAGCCUGCGGGGGAGCAGAGGAGGAAGGAUGGAGCAGAGACCCCCACAGAGGGAAGGACGAUAGGAGGAAGUCAAGGGGCUGGAGAUCAGAGGGAAGGUACUCCAGUGAGAGCGCUGGGGUUACUGGGAGAAAACAGGGGUCCCAGUAAUAGUGACACUUCUAGCCCUUCGUCCAAUCAAAGCACAGCGGUCGUGAUGGCACCAAGUACCCAGACAGACUCGACCGAUGACGGGAGAGAGAAAGCAAAUCAAAAAGAAGAACCUGUAUUUCCCAAAACAGAUAAGCACGCUGCAGCCUCCUCGAGUACCACAGCUCGGCCUGUAGAAGGCGACAUAACGAGAGACAAACCAGCAGGCCAGGAACAGCCAAGAGGAGAGGCAGCACCACCUGGCACCAUCACUGUCAGUGGCACCAAGAUCCAGCAACCUCAGCAACUUCUGCAGCACCUGAACAACCGCCAGCAGCUCCAGCCGAGCCGGUCCCACCUCCAGCCCCCUCCUCACAGCCAGCAGCAGCAGUGGGGGGCCAGCCUCCUGCAGCCCCACCACCUGCAUCGCCUUCCCAACCAGCCUUUCUCCCGCGGACCCAUGCUGGGGCCCCUGACUGCCCUGGGAGGAGGCCUCCUGGGGCCAGUCCCUGUCUGGCCAGGAGGCCUGGGCCCCGCAGGGGCUGCUGCCCUGGCCUGGGGCUUCCAGCAGGUCGGCAGGGACUUCACAGGUCCUAGACUGCUGGGGGGCUUCCACAACCCUGCAGGGCAAGGCAGCAGGUACAGAGGGGGGCAAAGAGGAGGAGGCUUCAACGGGAUGUAGAGAGCCGGUCUGACGAACUCGAGUAACGUUCCCUGCUGACUUUCACCCAGCUGCUGCCGUUCAUGGAGCCGGUUUUAUUAAAAACUACCACCGUGGGAACACUCAGACCCUGAUUACUAACCGGUCCUGGACUGGAAAAGGAAGGAGUGACCUCACUCUCUGUCUGUAUGCAGCUCGCAAAUGUAUAUUUAUUUAUCUGCCAUCACAAAAAUCAGCAACAUGGUGAUGUGUAAGCCUGAUCCAGGACCGUCGUAGUCCAAAUCACAGCCUCACCUUUGUCUCUUGGGUUCAUAAACUUGCUUACAGGAAGAUUGUUGAAAAUACAUCUUUUGCUUUAUGUGAUAGUGACCGUAGAGAUACAGGCAUGGAUCGCUGGCAGAGACGACAUGGCAACGGACAGCGCCCCCUAGUGACCUUAGAGUACGACUUGAUGUCAGGCAGGUGUAAAGUAACAAAAAACAUGAUUUAUUUAUUUUUUAAGAUUAUUUUUGGGGCUUUUCUGCCUUUAAUGGACAGGACAGCUAGGUGAGAGAGAGAGAGGAAUCAUCACAGGUCGGACUCGAACCCUGGACCUCUGCGUCGAGGCAUAAACCUCUCAGUACAUGUGCGCCUGCUCUACCCGCUGAGCAACCCGGCCACAGGAGGAGUCUCCCAUUAAAGUCAAAACCAAUCCUGUAAAAUCAAAGAUCCCUCUCAGGGUUUCCGCUGAUGACCGGGAGCUUUGUUACUAGCAAGACCACUAACUAGUGCUCAACCUGCUAGCAAGACCACUAACUAGUGCUGAGCCUGCUAGCAAGACCACUAACUAGUGCUGAACCUGCUAGCAAGACCACUAACUAGUGCUCAACCUGCUAGCAAGACCACUAACUAGUGCUCAACCUGCUAGCAAGACCACUAACUAGUGCUGAACCUGCUAGCAAGACCACUAACUAGUGCUGAACCUGCUAGCAAGACCACUAACUAGUGCUGAACCUGCUAGCGAUACCACUAACUAGUGCUGAGCCUGCUAGCAAGACCACUAACUAGUGCUGAACCUGCUAGCGAGACCACUAACUAGUGCUGAACCUGCUAGCGAGACCACUAACUGGUGCUGAGCCUGCUAGCAAGACCACUAACUAGUGCUGAACCUGCUAGCAAGACCACUAACUAGUGCUGAGCCUGCUAGCGAGACCACUAACUAGUGCUGAACCUGCUAGCGAGACCACUAACUAGUGCUGAACCUGCUAGCGCGACCACUAACUGGUGCUGAGCCUGCUAGCGAGACCACUAACUAGUGCUGAACCUGCUAGCAAGACCACUAACUAGUGCUGAGCCUGCUAGCGAGACCACUAACUAGUGCUGAACCUGCUAGCGAGACCACUAACUGGUGCUGAGCCUGCUAGCGAGACCACUAACUAGUGCUGAACCUGCUAGCAAGACCACUAACUAGUGCUGAGCCUGCUAGCGAGACCACUAACUAGUGCUGAACCUGCUAGCGAGACCACUAACUGGUGCUGAGCCUGCUAGCGAGACCACUAACUAGUGCUGAACCGGCCUGACAUCGAGUCUACAUCUACACUACUACGGUUUGGUUUUAAAACGAAUAUCUUUUGCUACGUUUACACCUCGCGUUGGCGCUACUCCUACGUGUUCGAGCCCCAAGAGAGAGAGAGGGGAUCGGGCCACAUUUUCCUGUCUGAGCCCGACAGCCCGACAGGCAUUAAGAUAUUUCUGUCCGAGCCUGUAGUCUAUGUAGUCUAUGUAGUCUAUGUAGUCUAUACUGGCGCGUGGUGGUGGAGACACUAGUUGCAGUCUUCUCCUGAACAGAGGGGGCGCUAAUGAGCAAAGGCUACCGACGUUUCCCUUUCUACAGACUAGAAGAAGAAGAAGAAAAAAGGUAAACAAGGGCAGAACUGGCAGCAGCAUCGACGUCAAUGCUGUGAUCUGAUUGGAUGAGCUACUUGGUGGGGUCAAGCCUUUCAUUCACCCUAACAGAGCUCCUCUUAACCCAGUGAGUUCACCAGAGAGACCUGCAGUCGCUCUGAGAGUCCUGGCAUCACGUUACCCUCGAGCUCCUCCAGGCUUCCUGUUUCCGCUUCGUCACGCGCUCAAAAUCCUGGCGCGCCGGCGAGAUAUCUACGUCGUUUUUGACGCCACGUUGGCGCGCGCGAGCUCGGCUACGGCGACUGUGAAGCGGCCUUUACGCUGCAGAAAUCAGCUGCUGUAGAGUCAAAUAAAAACCUGCAGCCAGCCCCGUGUUUCCUCACUGUAACCACUAGCUGUUGGCCUGUUGGUAGUGAAGAAGUCAGACAAACACUAACGGAAACUGUCCCGCCUCUUUGAACAUGUGUAGGGAAGGUUAAUGUGUGGUCCUUCGGGUCCCAGUGACCCGAAGGACCACACAAGGAUUAUGUACUUCCCUUUACUUUGUUGAGAAUUGCUCUCUAAACCCUGUUUCUU